ACAAGAAUCCUGGUAAGCAGCCAUGGAUCCUGCAAAGUUAAUUGGAAAAAUUAAGGAGCAAGUAUGUAUGGAGCACAGAUCUCGUCGAAACUAUCCCAAUGCUUGGGCGAAAGUGGCCGAUGCUGAGACAAAUCGAUUCUACCAUCAGGACGAGAUUGACAAGCAGCUCUCGAAAAAGCUAAUACUACAACAGUUGAGUCCCUUUGAACACAACAACGAGGGCGAUUCUUACUUUGUCUCACCAGAUAUGCACAAAAGCCUUGUCGCAACCUGUCGAUGCGGCCGUCCACGUCGCGGAACUCAUAUGGCCAAGUGCUUGCAACGGAGCAUAAAUCCAUAUCAGGUUGGUGCGCCACCUGACAAGAGUGACGCGCAUGCCCCAUCAGUUACAGGCGUACCGCGCACCUCCAACUCCCACAUAGGCUUUGUGCAAUCAACGCCAAAUUAUCGCAAGCUGGAGCAGUCCAUGCGAUACGAAUCGCCGACAUUUUCGAUGCCUGGACCGCGCGUUACUGAAGCACCUUAUAAUGUCAUCAUAAUAGGCUAA